AUGAAGUCAAAUUACAAGUUCUCGAACCUUUGUGGUACCGUCUAUAGGGAUGGCAACGUCGUGUUCACACCUGACGGUAACUCGAUCUUGAGCCCGGUUGGGAACCGCGUCUCGGUAUUCGACCUCGUGAACAAUACCUCACGGACCUUCGCCUUCGAGAAUCGCCGCAAUGUUGGCGCAAUCGCACUGAGUCCAGAUGGACAUGUACUCGUGAGCGUCGACACGGAUGGCCGUGCACUACUCGCAUCGUUCCAGACUGGCGUAGUGCUCGCGCACAUCAACUUCAAGAAACCAGUUCGAGCGCUACGUUUCUCGCCGUGUGGGCGUUAUCUGGCAGUAACCCAUGGUUCCCACGUCCAGGUGUGGCGCACACCGAGCGUCCUUGUCCGAGAAUUUGCGCCGUUCGUGCUUCAUCGGACAUAUACUGGCCAUCAUGGGGACGUCACCGGCAUUGAGUGGAGUCCGGAUUCAAAAUGCUUCAUCUCGACGAGCAAAGACAUGACCGCACGAUUGUUCACCCUAAACCCAGUCGAGGGAUUCCGACCCAAAACAUUCGCGGGACACAAAGACGCCGUCGUAGGCGCCUACUUCUCCAAAGAUGCCAAGACGAUCUACACCAUUUCCCGCGACGGCGCUGUCUUCACUUGGAGAGCCAAGCCCUCGGAGGAGGGAGACGACGACUCCGACGUCGAACCUGUAGCAUCAAGCUCUCGCGACCCGUUGGUUGCUCAUACUCGCUGGGGAAUCGCUGAGCGUCACUACGCCCAUCAGCCCGGCUCGCUCGUCUGCGCCACUUUCCACGCCCCAUCAGCUCUACUCGUCCUCGGCUUCAGCACCGGUGUCUUCGCACUCUUUGAGCUGCCAGCCUUCACCGCCGUGCAUACGCUUUCCAUAUCGUCAUCACGCAUCUCCGCUGUCUCCGUCAACGCUUCGGGCGAAUGGCUAGCCUUUGGUGCCAAAGACGCUGGGCAAUUACUCGUAUGGGAAUGGCAGAGCGAGAGCCACGUCUUGAAACAGCAAGGUCAUAGUUUGGACAUGGCCGCUAUCGCAUAUGCGCCUGAUGGCGCUCAUGUCGCGACCGCCGGUGACGACGGCAAACUCAAACUAUGGGAUACACGCUCAGGCUUUUGCGUUGUGACCUUUUCGCAGCACAGCGCCUCCGUGUCAUCCUGCGCGUUCGCUGGGAAUGUGCUCUUCAGUGCAUCACUUGACGGCACUGUCCGCGCAUUCGACCUCGUGCGAUACCGCAACUUCCGAACGUUCACUUCGCCUCAGCCGGCUCAAUUCGCCGCACUCGCAGUGGAUCCUUCGGGAGAAGUUGUAGCGGCGGGCGCUGCCGACCGUUUCGAGCUUUACAUGUGGAGUGUACAGACCGGCAAGCUACUCGACGUGCUAUCCGGGCAUGAAGGUCCCGUAGUCGCACUCGCGUUCAGCCCUACGGACAAUGCUCUUGCAAGCGGCUCUUGGGAUCGCACUGUGCGCAUUUGGAGCGUGUUUGGGCGCAGCCGCGCGGUCGAACCUAUCAGCCUGAAUAGCGACGUGCUCGCAUUGGCCUACUCUCCGGACGGCCUGACUCUCGCCGUGGCAACCCUCGAUGGCCAGAUCGCCUUCUUUGACACACGAACAUCAUCGCAAACGCUCAUCAUUGACGGCCGCCGCGACGUCGCCGGUGGGCGAAAUGCGGACGACAAGAUCGCGGCGAGCAACACUGCUAGCGGCAAAGCGUUCACGAGUCUCACGUACAGUGCGGAUGGCGCUUGUGUGCUGGCUGGCGGGAACAGUGCUUGGGUAUGCCUGUACGACGCGCGAGCGGGUGUACUACUCAAGCGCUGGGCAACAACCACUAGCUUCGCACUUGAUGGCACUCAAGUCUUCCUCGACACCCGCCGUCUUACGGACGCGGGAAGCCUCGACGUCAUCGAUGACCGCGGCGGCGACAGUGAUCUUGAAGAGCGUGCAGACCGAUCGCUGCCUGGAGCACAGAAAGGGGACCUCAGCAAGCGCAAGUAUCGUCCAGUGGCAAGGACACGAGGCGUGCGCUUCAGUCCGACGGGUCGCGCGUGGGCGGCGGCCGCGACUGAUGGGUUGCUCAUCUUCAGUCUGGAUGACGGCGGCGCAUUUGACCCCACCGAGCUCGCCAUUGAUCUCACGCCUGCCGCUGUUUACGCAUCAAUUCAAGAGAAGGAAUGGCUGCGUGCACUAUUGCUGGCAUUCCGAUUGAACAUGCCUACACUCAUUGAUCGCGCCUUCCACGCCGUACCGGCGGAUGACAUUGCGUUGACUGCACGGUCUUUACCGACCGGCUAUGUCGGGCGGGUGUUGGAGCGGGCCGCGGCGGCGCUGGAGGGUGAGCGGAUUGAGUGGGCGUUGAGAUGGGUGAAGAGCGUGCUGGGUGCGCAUGGACGCUGGGUACGGGCGAAUGCGGGAAGCGUCGCGCCGGUUCUGCGGAGCGUGAGGCGAGCGCUGGCGGGUACCGAGAGCGCAGUGGCCAAACUGUGCGACGACAAUACGGCGACGCUCAGCUUCCUUGUCGAUCAGAAUCGGAUGCGGGAGGGUGUAGGCGCGAUGGCACUGGAGCCCGGUGUGGGGAUGGAUGUCGACGUUCCGGCGUAA